UGUUACAUGGAUAGAUAAUUAUGUAAAGUUAAACGAAAUGUUACGGUAGUGUUGUGGUUAAAUAUGUUUAUCGGUUUAUAAAUGUGAACAAUGGUGUGUGUUACGUGCUUUGGAUUAAGAGUGAUCGUGUCCCUGAUGUGUUGUGUUUACAGUCGUCAAGAAGUUCUUAUCGAGGAAUCAUCGGCGAUAGAGUCGUUUCACGCGCCGACAGGGGGCGCGGUGGAGCUGCCUUGUGACGUCACACCCGCCCUUCCAGACGACAGAAUGGGCCUUGUCAUCUGGUACAAGCAGGGCCACGACUCGCCGAUAUACUCGUUGGAUACGAGGGAGGGUGUGACGUCACACUGGUCGGAUCCUUCGACGCUGGGUUCCCGAGCUACCUUCCGAAGCACCACAGCACCUGCGGUCCUACUACUCACUAAGUUAAGGCCUGAAGACAGCGGACAGUACAGGUGUCGAGUGGACUUCAUAAGGUCACCUACGAAGAAUACGAGGCUCAACCUCACAGUUCUGAUACCUCCAGAGCGGCUGAUAAUCCUCAACCAGGAGGGGGAUGAGAUAAAAGGGGGCGUCCUCGGACCCUACGACGAGGGAACUGAAGUCAACCUUACUUGCGUGGCGGUUGGAGGUCGGCCAGUCGCCCGCGUGUCUUGGUGGAAGUCGCACGCGUUACUGGCUAAUUCAGAGGCCCGCGCUGCGCUGACUUUUACACUCCAGCGAAGCGAUUACGGCACUGAAAUCACUUGUCAGGCUGUAACGGAUCCCUCCAUAACGCCGCUCUCAGAAAAUCUUACCAUAGACGUGAACCUACGUCCACUGUGGGUACGAUUGCUGGGGGGCAAGCGUCCACUGGUCGCUGGACAGAGUACAGAGCUGGUGUGCCAGGCUGUUGGUGCUCGUCCCAAACCCAGCAUUUCGUGGUGGAAAGGUGGUACCAGAUUGAAGACUAUCAGGGAAACUACUUCAUCUGAUGGCAAUGUUACCAGCAGUAUCCUAACAUUAGUGCCCUCUAUAGAAGAUGCUGGAAGGGUCAUAUCGUGCAGAGCAGUACAGCCUAUGCUAUCUCACUCUACUCACGAAGACGGAUGGAAACUUGAAAUACAACAUCUACCAGUAGUGAAGUUGGAGUUGGGUGCAAACUUGGACGCAGACAAAGUUGUUGAGGGAUCCGACGUGUAUUUAGAUUGCAUGGUGCGGGCGAACCCGUGGCACACACAUGUGUAUUUCACACAUAAUGGCGUGACAGUGAAACCAGGACCAGGCGUCGUGGUAGCCAACCAGAGUCUGGUGCUGCAAAGGGUGUCCCGUCGGGUGGCUGGAGCCUACGUCUGCAUUGCCAGGAACAGCCUGGGGGACGGUGCUAGCGAGCCCCUGAUUUUGGACGUUAAGUAUAGCCCUACGUGUAAAACCCAGCAAGCGGGGGUGUUGAGGGCUGCGAGGGGUGAGAUCGUCGAGAUUGACUGCGAAGUUGAUGCCAACCCUAAGGAACCGAUGACAUACCACUGGUGGUUUAACAGCUCAACCCAUUCGAAGCUUGAACUGAACACGUUCGCGAUGAACGCGCAAAACAGCCUUGACAGAUACUUGUACAUGGUUAAUACUUCGUCCGACUACGGCUGGGUCCAAUGUACCGCCAGCAAUACAGUUGGGCGUCAGAACACUCCAUGCUUGUUCCACAUCUUACCCGCUGAAAAGCCUUCGUCAUUGAAGAACUGUGAGAUAACAAACGUGACUUACGACUCGUUGACACUAGGCUGUGUACCCGGACAUGACGGUGGACUUCGGCAGUCGUUUUUAUUGCAAGUAUACGAAAUGGCAACGGGCUUGUUACUUCGGAACAUAAGUAGCGACGACCCCCAGUUCGUGGUGUGGGGUCUAUCCGGCACCAACGCUGUCGGCAUUUCCGUGCGCGCGUACAACAAGAAAGGGUUAAGUGAACCCUAUGCGCUGUCGUCUAGUUUGCUGAAAUACCCGCAGAGGCAUACAGCUAACGUGCCCGUCCGUGUGGAGUUGACAACCGUCCUGGUGACAGUUCUCUGCGCUGUGGCCAUCAUUGUUGCUGUCACAGCUGUGUCAGCUUUCGUCUUCUGCUGGAAAUACUGCAACAAGAGAGAGGAUAACAUGAAGAAUGAGAAAAGUCAUCGUAAACAAGACGAGAUAUCUAACAUACCCCUAACUGGGACUACAGAAUGUGAAAGUGUUGACAGUUUAGAUAAGAAUCCAGACAUCAUACCAAUAGAGGGUAAAAUUAGCGAUAAUUGCUCCAAUAAAUCGUCGGCGACCGACUACAGUUCAAUAAGGCCGCUUCUCUCCAAGUCGGAGCACGAUAAGUACGACGCAAGCUGUGAGAGGCACUACGAUCACAACGAACCCUGUAGCCAAUACGUCCAAGUUCGACCACUCGACUUCCGAGUACACCAGUUCCAACACGGCAUGCAGAUGACAAACAUGGGGCCAAGUAUACAAGGUUAUACGACCAAUAUGGGUCACAUGCCCAACAUGGGGCCCAACGAAUGCAGAGCGUCUUAUGACAAAGUGUACGAGAAUUGGUUGAAGUAUAAAAAUUCCUUGCCGUUGAAUACUAGUGGAUUGUUACCAGUGGAGCAAUGCAUGCCACCGGAAUUGUACCCGCCAGCCAUAUACAGUGGCCUACGGAACCCGCUGCAUCUGGCGCAGAUGCCUGAAAUAGACCCCUACCACUUGGAUCCGGGACUCAUGCAGGAGUUUAGGACCAACACCCCCCCAGUGAGAGUCAACGCGGAGAACUCCAGUGUUUAUUACAACAAGAGUUCUUUGGAUCGGGGUACCAGCACAUUGCCGCAUAGGAAAACUAGUGUUACGACGCAGCUUGAAACAAAGCCCAGCGCCCUGAAACCAACGGAAUCCAACGCCAGGCCAACGGAUGAAAAGCACGAGGGCAGGUGAGACCGUACCGACCACUAUUUAGAAACCAAAAUGUAGUUCCCCAUAACGUGAGCUAGUGACAAAAAAAAAAUGGACAAUUACUUAAAAAAAAAAAAUAACAAUAUACUCUUUUCGCAAUCAGCUAAUUUCGGAAGCAAUUGUUUUUAUUGAUCCUAAUAGAUAUAAAAAGAAUAUGUUACAAAAGUGUCCUUCCCUAUUAAGUUUCUUAAAUAAUAUGAUUAUUUUGAUAGGUUAUUUCAAUGGAACUGAGUUUUAUUUUAUUCGUCCUGUCUUGGUUAAACUUUUACAAGGAUAUGUGAAAUAUUGUAAUAAUUAAAAAUGUAAAAGUUGUAAGUGUUUAACCAAUAAAAUAUACAGGCUUACAUUAUGGCAAGUGACAGCGUCACUGGCAUGGCUGGCUGGCAGUGACUGGCAUGA